GCGUGUGUAGCGUGUUCCUGUUCUAUACGUUCUUUAUUUGGAAAUACAAAGAAAUAAUUUUCCCUUCUACCCAAAAGUGUUCAUAGAGCUGUGAUCUUUCUUACCGUGAUAACCAUGCCUGAUUCAUUUUCGUGCAUCACCUGCCAAGCGUUGUUCAAAAGCCCAGAAUUGCAGCGGGAACAUUACAAGUCUGACUGGCACCGAUAUAAUUUGAAGAGGAAGGUUGCCGCGAUUCCCUCUGUAACCUUGGAAGAGUUCGAAACGCGAGUGAAGGAACACAGGGAGCAGGCGCAGGACGAGAACCGUGAUGAUUCACAUUAUUGCAAGUGUUGCUCAAAGUUAUUCAAUACGACCAACGCUUACAACAACCACCUGAACAGCAAGAAGCACAAGUUAGCGCAAGAGAAAGCUCAGGACGUGUCUGAGCACAGUAACCACUCUGAUACAGAUAGUUUCGUAAAGGUAGACCCGCCGCAAGCUGCAGGAUCAGCUAAAAGCUCUGAUGAUAGGGUUAAGUUUACACUCGUCAAUACUCAUGGGUCCGGAGACGAAGAUGCCGAAACAGCGUCAGAAAUAGAGGAGCUUGAUUCUGAUGAGUGGGAUGAAUGCCGCAUUAAAGGUAGUGAUUCACUCAUCAAGCCACAAGAUUGUCUGUUUUGCUCUCACCACAGCAAGAGCAUGGUGAAGAAUUUAAAACACAUGUCUGAGGCACAUUCAUUCUUCAUUCCCGAUGUGGAGUACUGUGUUGAUGUCCGAUGUCUACUGCUGUACUUAGGAGAGAAGAUCUCUCAAGGAUAUAUGUGCCUUUGGUGUAAUGAGACUGGUCGUACAUUCUACUCGAUGGAAGCUGCCCGUGGACAUAUGGUGGACAAAGGCCACUGCAAGAUGCUACAUGAAGGUGUGGCUUUGGCAGAAUAUGCAGACUAUUAUGACUAUAGUGCCUCAUACCCUGAUCAGAAGGAAGGGGAUGAAGACAUGGAUGUGGAUGAGGAGGUGGAAGGCCCGGCGACACUGGAAGGUGAUGAUUUCCAGUUGGUGCUACCAUCGGGUGUUACUGUUGGCCAUCGGUCCCUUAUGAGAUACUACAAGCAAAACGUGACGCACAACAGCGGGGCGCUGGUGAAGAAGUCGGACCGCAAGCUGCAUCGGCUGCUGGGCGUGUACCGCGCGCUCGGCUGGGCGCCGCGCGACCAGGCGCUCGCGGCCAAGAACGCGCGCGACAUCCACUUCAUGAAGCGCGUGCAGGCCAAGUGGCAGAUGAAGCUCUCCCUUAAAAGCAACAAGUUCCAGAAACAUUACCGCGCGCAAGUCAACUUCUAGCCUGCCCCACUAUUACCGACACUCUACCGCUUAUCGCUGUGGAUAACACACAAUGUAGUAAAGUUGUCGGAAGUCAGAACGUGACGAAUGCCUUAUCAACGGGGAAAAGCGUUAAAAGCACGACGUCUCCUUCACGUUACUGUUACACAACUACCCUACCACUUAUCUGGGACCGUUUGUAUGGUAGUAGCGAGGUGGUUUAUAGUAGUCGGUACCUUUGUUGGGGACUAGUUCGUUCAACAAAUAAUUCAAAUUCCAACAAACACAUGUAAAAAUUACUGCAACGGACAAUAGUUAUUUGUACAACAAGAGAACAAAGUUUGAUAUUUCUUCGAGUGCUUAUUUUGAGUCCCGUGCAAGCGAAAGAUUCUAUAAUAGAUUCUUGAGCGUAGUAAGGGACUCAAAAGCGCAUGAGAUGUAAAUAUCAAACUUUGCUCUCUUGUUGUACUUGGCUUUGACACUUCAAUCAACAACUUUUUUUUGUAAAAAAAAGGACUGUAAGGUCCUAAUUGCGGAUACUACUAUUUGUCAACUUGUUAAAAGUAUGUAUAAUUACUUAUUUUGCAUGAUAAUCAAUUUUUUUGUCUCUUCCUUUUUGCUAACUACGUGAAAGGGACAGAAAGGAUAGAAUCCAAGUAUUUCGAACUUUUAUUAGGCCCCGCAUGUUGGAACGACAUUUGAAUAUAAAGGUCACUUGAAUGUAAUUUUGUCUCACUCACAACAGUGAACAAAAAACGGAAUCAAGCAUAAUCGCAUUUUGCUUACAGUUUUUAAGUAGCAAAGUACCCUUGUUCGAGCUGCUGUGGUGAAAA